AUGUAUUCUGGAACAACCCCAUGUGGUGGUGCCAACAUGACAGGGCCUGCACUUAGGAAGGCACCAUUAGCUCCUACUCUGCAUCCACACCCACAAAACCAAAGCCAGCAGCAUCAUCAACAGCCACAUCUCCCACUUUCGUCCCUGUUAGAGGAUUCUGAAGAUGAUGUCACUAGCUCUGUCAACAAUGCCAUUUCUGCCAUCACUGCUGCAGCUGCAAAUUGUAUGAGUGGUGACCUUGCCCAUAGUGGAGGUAGAGGGGAUGAUCGAAGGGAUAUCAUUGGUGGAUUGCUUGGAGGUCUGGGUCUAGGGCCUCUUACCUCACCUAGUGGUCAGUUAUCAACAUCUGGACUGGAAAAGUCCUAUAGAGGUAAUGCUAACCCAAGUGCAGUGGGGCUCAACCAGCAACCAAACCAGCAGACACCUGGUGGAAAGCCCAAGCGUCCUCGUAAGCCCCGCAAGAAAAAGGAACCUGGUGUGGUUGGUGUUGAGCCCCCUAAAAGAAGGCAGUCCUCUCACAGACCAGGAGGGCCUGGUGGGGAUAUUAGACCGUAUUUGUGCAGUGUCUGUGGUCGAGGAUUUGCAAGAAGAGAGACCUUGCGGAGGCAUGAUAGAAUACACACUGGAGAAAAGCCUCACCAUUGUACUGUGUGUGGCAAGUACUUCAGAGAGGCAUUUCAUCUUAGCAAGCACCACACGGUGCAUUCUGGAGAAAAGAACUACAAAUGUAUUUUGUGUGGAAAGGAUUUUGGAUAUGCUCAGAGCCUUAAAAGACAUGGCAAGCUACACCAGAAAGGUGAACUGGAAGAAGUGCCAACAACGCCAGGUGGGGAAAACCUUAACAGCUAUCCUCCAUCCUCUGGUGGCAGCUUGAUUCAAGGGGGCCAAAGCAGCUCUUCUUUCUAUUCAUACACUCAAGACAUCAAACCACAGACAUCAAACACUCAGCCCCCUCCUAGACUGUACACAUGUGCUAUAUGCUGGAAAUCGUUCCGCCAUCACUUUCACUUGACAGCACAUCACCAAACAGUUCAUGAAGGUGGUGGAGAAAAGCUGUUUUCUUGUGAAGUCUGUGGGAAGGCUUUUGCAUACUCUAACAGCCUUACACGGCACAGGCUUUCUCAGCAUGGCUUAACGCGGACUGGCCAGCCAGUUGCUCAAAGAAGCAUAGGCGAAGAUAACAGUGUUGGCGGUUCGAUAUCAGAAAGCGAGGCUGCUACAAAUGCUUUGCUUCAGCUUGCGCCACCUAGUGGCACACAUGGCGAACAACAUGGAGUUCUUCAUAGCCAGCAGGCUCCUCCCCAACCACAAACUGGCUACUCCUCUCUGUUCUAUAUACCCGAUGCCAAUAUUACACACCCUGCUUCAUCUAAUGCCUCAUCUUAUUCUCAUUCUCUGCCAUCAACUUCCUCAGGGCCUCUUCUUUGUAAUCAUCAGCACCAACACACUGGGAUAAAGGGAGAACCCAUUUAUCACACUGGUCACGGGCAUACUCUUACUCCAAACUUACCUGUGCAUUCCCUUGCAUUGCCUCCAUCAGAGCCACAUCAGCAACACCACAAUCCCCAGCAGCAUUCAGCUGAGAUUCAAUCUACCCACCACCACUCUUUUCAAAGCCAAGAAGAGUUGAGGAGACGGAAGAAAAAAAAAAAAAGACGGCAAGAGAGAGAGGAGAUAGGCUACAAAUGGACCCCGGCUGCAAAAGUAGAGAGAGAACAGAUGGAAGUUUCCCUUGGGGAAAGGCAGAGAAAUCUUCUUAGAAGAAAAUAUCUUAAGAGAAAAAGGAGAGCAAUUCACAGGACGCAACAUAAAAUUAAGAAGCCCAUGUCUGUGCUCGUAAGAAUCAGGCGUGGAAGUGGAGGAAGUGCUGUGUAUGAACUGGGCCUUCCAGGCGGACUGAAACUUAACAGGCUUCGUUCUCUCAAAGUUCCUCUGAAACGAAAGUCCUGUCCCCUUUGCCUUGGUGCUACCUUCUCACAACAGGUAGCACUUAAAGUUCAUAUAGCAGCUAGACAUUGUCCCAAAGUGAGAGGCCUUCAGCAUCGUUUGAAAUGUCCUGUUUGUGGAAAACAGUCUCGCAAGUUCCUCUCAGCACUCAUUCACAGAAGCUCCCAUUUAACCAACAGAGCAUUUUCUUGUAAACAUUGUCCCUGUCGUUUCUGGAAUGCAAUGCUCCUCACACGGCACAAGAAGGUGUGUCGAGGGACGUUGGCUAGGUUUCGACAAGAGAGGUCUCUUUGUGUUAAAUUAGUCAUGGGAGCAACAUACAAGAGGUUUGAGUGUAAAGGAAACUCUUCAUCCAUGCAUAUGGAAUACAGUCGCUGAGUUAUGUCAUUAAAUUAAUUUUCAUAUGCACUUUAAGAUAAGAAGUGUUGGGAUUUUCAAGACAAAAACUGAGAUAUCUCACUGAAUACACCCUAUGCUCAUGUAGACUUUGACUUGUGUGUCAUGAGAGCAUUUUCUUUUCUCUCUCAGUCAUUAAAUUUCCUCUUGUAACUUGGACCCCUAAAAAUGAACACCUUCAACAAACUCACAGAUGUAUCAAAGGCAUUUGUUUUAAAGAAAUGCUUAGCCUAUCCAUCUUUCCAAUUCCACACCAGAUGAAAAUUCCUGUUCAGAUUGAAAUGAUCCUUGGAUGGUAAUAGAUGAAGAUUCAGUGAUUUGGCUAAUAUUGUACUGUGCCCUAACAGUAGGCUAUUGCUCACUCUUCCUCAACAGAUGCUCUGUAGAAUUAUUCUGUCUCUGAUAUAUAUUGUGUUGUUGGUGUUCACUUAGAGCAAGUGUGGAGGUGUGAUUUUGUUAAUGUAAAAAGUACAUUCAGUAUCCGAAGGAGAAAAAAAAGGUUCUUGUUAGGAAGUUGAGUGUUUUAUUUUAAAGAGUAUUUAAAUUACUGCAUGUUGGACAUUGCUGUCCAUGUAUUGAAAGGUCAGCGUGAGAGUGGGCUUACAUGGUUACAUGACAAAUCCAAUUGAAAAUGUACCUUAAAUUUUAAUAGAGGAACCAAAAGAAAUUAAUGCAUAAUAACACAUGCUGAUUAACACUUUGUAAUAUCAAAAGCCCUGUUUUGAUUUAUUUACUGUUUUGAAAGAAAACUAGCAUUAAGAUGGUAACGCCAGCACUUAAACAGGAAAAAUAUGAUUUUCCCCAUAACCAGUCAAAAGACAAAAAAAAUUAAGAUGUGAAUUCACAGAUACUUGCCCUGAAGGCAAAGCCUUACCAAAUUGUGACAAUUAAUACAACACAUUUUAUGGGUAUUACAAUGUAGCGUUUAUGUACAGAGUUUAAGGGAGGAACUGAAAGGAAUAAGUGUACUGUAAUGUAAAUUGUGUCAAUAUUUUAUUAUGUUUUUUAAGCAAAAGUCAAUUAUCUUUUUAUCAUAGCUACACUUCAGGUAGUUGGAAGAGUGAUUGUAAGAGUUAUCACUUUAGAUCAGGUCUUGAUUAAGUGUAUUAAUGUGUGAAACAGUCUGUCCAUUUGCCAACUAUGAACGUAUCCCAUGUACUUUUCUCACCUUUUAUGUAGAGAUACCGUACUACUUAUAGCCUGUCUUUUUCUUUAAAAGAAGAAAAGUAAUAAGUAUGUUUCUAUCACUUUAUUUACACAUGAUAAGCUGGUUGUUGAUGAUACCCAAGCAUUUAAUAAAAUUUCAAAAUGUUAUAUCCUCA